ACAAAGGCAGGCAUUAAAAUCAUUCACUCCUUGAAUUUAACUUGAAUGGAAAUUCACAAACUUUAUUGGUGACUUAUCCAUAAGACUAAAUUAUGUGAGUUUAUGCAAGUCGGUAUGUUAACCUAUUUGACAUACCUACUAUUGAUGAUUUUAUUCAAUACAUGACAAAGUCUGUAUUGAAUCUUAAAAGCAAAAUUGAGCUAUUUGUAGAUAUGUCCAACUAGGAAGUAUAAAUCGUCAACGUGACCUGGAGCUGCAGUUAAUGUAACUUGAUUGUACUGCUCCAUGUGAUUGAAUUAAAGCAAAUAAAUAUGGAAAAUUGGAACUUAAAAAAUGUGUUUUGAAGAGGAGAUCAAUUCGGAUAUUAGUUGAAAAGUCGGGGAAUCGAUUUAGUCUGAAAAGGAUUGAGAGGCAGAAACGAUGGGAGAUGAACCGGACGCAUUGACAUUUAAUGUCAAGCAAAAAGACGUAGCAAUGGGACCUUGUGGUCUUACAAAAGGCAAAAUAGAGGCGGCCAACGACCUUCUUGAGGCAAUGGCGCUUGCGGAAGACAAUAAUGUCAAUAUAGAUGAAUUGGAAUCAGUGCCAGAAAUUCAAUCGAGGCUCAUUUGUCAUUUAAAGUUUUUGACGAAUGGGAAUUGGAAAGAAAAGGUUGAACGCCAGAUAUGCGAAAUGGGAAAUACCGACAUAGCAAACAGAUGGAAAUUGUCGCAAAUGGUAAACGAGGUAAAGAAUGUAUUUCCUAAGCCGCCAAAAUUGGCACAGACCACACAACGUCAAUCAAUGGUAGAGGAACUACUUUUAAAAGAUGGCACAACGGAGGACAUAAGAGAAGACUGUAAAAUUAGGCUUGAAAGUCUCGCAAACAAGGAGUGUGUUAUACUGGUGUCGGGGGAGUCUUCUGCUGGGAAAUCAAGUUUGCUGAAUCUUUUGCUGGGUGAAGAUAUCUUGCCUUCCCAUAUGCUCCCCUGCACUUCAUGCAUUACUGUCAUUAAGUACAAUAUCUACAGGUGUGCUAAGAUCAUCUUCAAGAAUGGGCACAUGGAAAGCAUUAAGAGCCUAGAUCGAGAAGGCCUUGAAAGGCUACAACAAAGGGCGUACUUCUCACAAGCUAGACGAACCAAAUCAAGUCAGGAAAUAUAUGCGGAGAGAAAGGAAGAGCAUGAUGUUGCUGAAAUACAGGUCUACCUACCGCUGGAAAUGCUGAAAAGCGGUUUGGUUCUAGUUGACACACCAGGUAUUGGUGAGAGUGAAUUUCUGGAGAAUUACUUAAUAGAAUACAUCAAGAACCAUCAGAUACUUGGAUUUAUGUAUAUCAUUAUGACAGACAACGCUCUUGGAAUAGCUGAAGACAGGCUGAUCAACCUGAUGAGUUUGAUCAUAAAGAGUCAGAAAAACAGCAGCAAUGUUAUAAAAUUCAAUCCAAAAGCCGCCUUGUUCAUUUGCAACCGUUGGGACAUGGUAAGUGACGACAACAAGGAAGCUGUAAGAGAUAACGCUCUCAAACAACUUGCCAUAUCCUGGCCUGACUUUGACCCGAAGUUGGCUGUGUUCUUUUCCACCCGGAAUGCUUUGCGGGAGCAACAUGUUAACCCAGGGUACGUUACAGAUGAGUUUGUGGCUCUCCUACAUGGCCUUCUAUCGCUAGUUACUGUCUCUCUCGACAAGCGGAUACAAGCAUCAUACAGAUGGCUUGGUACAGUGUUGCAGAGGAGUGUCCAUUACUUGAGAACAGUGGUGAGGCAGCUCGAAUUAAACGGAAGGGACCGACAAAAGAGGUCACAUGAGACUACAAAGAAAUUAAACACUUUGGAGAAAAAGGCAGACGGUGUGGUAAAACAACUGACAGAUGACCUGAAUCAUUCAGUCAAUGACGUUUGUGAAACGUUGAAGGUGUACUUGCAAACACAUCAAGUUAAAACUAAGUUAACACAAAAGUAUGGAAGCAAAGAGGGUGAACUCCCAGAUAUGGACAGAGCAUCCGGCACCUGGGAAUGGGUAAAAAGGCAUAUAGAUACAGCUUUUGAUAAUCGUCUCACUGAUGUAUUGGAAGAAUGGGAUCGGGAAAAUGAAGAGAUCAAGCGCAUUGAAAAGAGAAUAUUUCGCGAGGCAAAGCUACAGCUUUGCGAUCUGGAAGGUGAAAUAACUGAGAUUGAAAAGUCUUCCCAGGAGAAACAUGAAACUCUGUCUCUAUCAAAGAGCGGUGUGUUUCUUAAUAACCUGUGUCAGUCGAUUGAAGACUUUGAAGAAGACUUACUUUUCGAAAGCAAUGUAUCAAAAAAACUGUUGACGCAGUUGACAAGACGAAUAGGGAAAACCAUAAAAAAGAAAAAGGAAGAAACUAAGCUGAAAGAGUUCGCUAGUCAUCCAGGAAAGACCGCUCAUAAGCGAGCUGAAAAGCUGUAUGCACAAACAAUAAAAGACAAAGACGAUCGAUUGAAUUUUAUAGUGAGACAAUUCUUAAUGAGACCUGCGAAUUAUGUUCAAAAGCUGAAAGAAAAAAUACCAUUGCUUAUAUCGUCAAAUAAACAGCUGCAAGCGAAGUUUGAAAGCGAGGUCAUUGAAGAAGUAAAGGGUCGGGAAAAUUACCAAGGUAUGAUGGUUAGUUUAGAAACUAUCCGAUCUACGUUAGUUACCUAUGGUGAAAACCACGUCUUUUGCAAUGAUUUUGAGAACGAAGAUAUUGAGAUAAUCCAAGUACAUAAAACAUCGGUAAAGUCAGGACGUAUGCUUACAAAGAGAGACUCACUCUCAGACCUGAUGCGGGAUGCUAAAUCAAACCCAAAAGGGCCACCAAACAGUCUACCACACGGCGUGUGGCAUACAGUGUUUAUAGGAAAAGUGAUACGUGGAAGCGAAAGUCAAUUUAUAGCUGUCAAGAUCUAUUCUGGAAGAUGCAAGGUUGAGAAUGCUCAACACGAGGUAGCAAAACUAAGAUGUCUUUUACAUAAUGACGUCUGUAUCGCAGAGUUCUUAGGUGUACAUGCAAGGCCCGAAUCGCCAACCCCGGCCCUUAUUUUUGCUGGAAAACUUCAGUCAGUCAAAAAUUACAUAAAGACACACUUUAAGGUUGACAUGUCGCAGAUAUUUCGAGAUCUGCUUGCUGGUUUGCAUUAUAUUCAUUCGAAGGGACUCGUUCACAUGGAGCUGACAAAAUACACAGUCACGGUUGGCGAAAAUGGAGAUGUAAAAUUGACCGGCACUUGUCUGCCUAGACUAGCAAUUAUUUCGCCGCGACCUGGUGACUUGGUUCAAGGAUGGGAAUAUAUGUACCUUGCCCCAGAAGUUCUUGAAGGUGCCUUGUAUAUUUCAAACGCGGAUAUAUAUGCUUUUGCGUUGCUUGUGCUAGAGCUAAAACAUCCAGAUUUAUCGGAUGUUUACAAAGAUCGGAGGGAGAUGAAGAUUGACGAAAUUUCUCGAAUCCCCGCGCCUAAUUAUCAAAAAAGUAUCGAAGAGCUAGACUAUCCCGAUGCAGUGAAACAAAGUUUGCUGAAAUGCCUAAGUGUGAAAAUGGAAGAAAGGCCGAAUGUAAUUGAGAUGUCAAGCGAAUUCAAGUACCUAGACAGACCACUUAGAAGAAAUACAGUUACACCGAGUGCUAUAUUCAAGUUGAGAAGGCAUUGAUUUAAAAAGCAGUGCGCUACUGCCACAAAUAGCAUCCAUUCAUUAUACUGUCAUUUUCCAUCAACUUUUUUAUCCCGGUAGGAUCAACUAAAACAUUAGUAUGUAGAGUGUGGAUGCCUGGUGAUACCAUAUUGUUUUGGUAUCGUUUGACAGGAUUUUUAUGUUCAGAAAAUAUGAUUGUCAAAAGAUAGAAACCUCAUCGAGCAAACAAGCUUUUUGGCUUUGAAAAUGUUUCAAAAUAAGUUUUUCAGGUUCGAUUUAAGUUCAAUUAAGACGUAAAAAUAAACAUUUGUAACUGGUUUGUGUACGAAUACGCUCGUUCUGGUCACUUAGUUGACAUAGUAGUUAUCAGCAAUGAAUGUUGUUUCAAGUGAUACUAAAAUUAAAUGGAGCUUUUAGAAAACAAGUUUUUAUGUAGAUCGAAUUCCUAAAGAUGCAAACAAUCAAAACUACAUGUCCUUUUUGUUAGCAUACAGUUGUGGUUUUAUCAAAUAUGUUUACUGUUCGUAAGUUCAUUAAUUGGUUUUAUUGGAUUAAUACUUUGUUAUUCACACUAUGUUAUUUACAUUUUUACAUUUACUGACAGUAAUAAAACGUCAAUUU